AUGAUUGGUUCCGAAAUCUUGCAGACUUUGCUGCUCCUCUCGAUUACCGAUUUGCUCUUCGCACAAUGGGACGCUUGUAGCGGUGGUGCAGUGGUGAUAACUAUAAACGGUACCGAAACUGAAUACGCUUUAAAAAACGAUAGUGGUGUUAUUGCUAUGCCAGCGAAUACACAAUGCACCUUUCAGGUACAACCGUUACCGAUGACGGUGCUGAACAUCUUUAUCACAGGGACAAAUUUCACAAAUUCGACCGUCAUCGCAUAUUUUGAGGGGAAUAUGGCUUAUCCGAUCUACAUAAACACCUCAAAUCCUAUCGAAUAUCCGCUGCCACCAAGUUCAAGUCCGUAUCUGGUGGUGGUGAAGCGGUUGCCCACCGAACAACCGGGAAGUUUUGCGAUGAAAAUACGUGGAGCUAAAGUCGCACCCGGUCAAGCGACAUAUUUUUUGAGCUCAAAUACCACUCUACGUUUACCGAUUCCUAAUAAUGAUAAGGAAUGCUCAACGUUUAUUGCAUCGGAUGGUUUUCGUGUCGGGAUUUUUGUGGACACCUAUUCAAAUACAACUAAUACGACAACAAAUGAUAUGGUGAAUCUUCUGAGGAAUCAAAUAUUCUUCUCAAAUACUUCGUAUUUAACAACGGCCGCUUCGAUAUUUCAAUCCAAGAGCGGAGUUUUCCCGUCCGGACAACAAUAUCUUACCAUGUACAAUAAUAUGAACUCUACCGAUAAGAUUAAUCUUAUCGCAUUCGCCUACAGAGAAUCAUCAAAUAUCCUUUGGUCGGCGUACAGUUUUGCGGAUUGGCGUCGAGAAGACUUUAUCCUUAACGCUGGUGGUGGUACCAUAGGUGCUAAGGUGAUCUCGAAGAUUGGAGACACGAUUUCAGGAGUUCUGGAGGACGUAAAUUGGGGAUCCGCAAAUCAACUGGAUAUCUACGAGGGUAUGGCUGAGGUUAACGCAACCACAACAACAGGAAAACUCAUCACAUCUUUAAACCGUACAGCAACAAUUUCCACCAAUAACACGAUAAAAUUACCUAUGCCCCUAUAUACAUUUGUGAAUCGUGGAGGUUCUAUGGAUAUCGUUCUGGCAACCACAACCGGAGCGGAUGGUGGACGAAGUUCCAUUGCGAUCCAACUGAAUCUUGUGCUACUCUCGUUAACUCUUGUAAUUUUUUCGUAA